CAUAAGAGAAAGUGGUGACUCUCCCACAGCAACAAUACAUCACAUCAUAACACAACACUAUCAUCAUAUAUGUUAUGUUAUGUUUGCAUCUUCUCACUUAUUCUCACUCAUUCACUUCACUUUCAAUUUCAGUUUCAUCUUUAACCAAUUAACAACUUAACUCUCAACCCUAAAAAAACCCAAACUGCUUUUCUCUCAAUGGAAUUACUUAAACCAAACGCGAUUCGAACUCACUUCGCCGCCAUUUCCAAAACCAUUCGCAUUUUCGAACUCUGCAUCGUCUUUCUCAUUCUUUCCUGGACUCUCACGCGCCUCCCUCUCGCCGUUUCCAUCUCUGCCGAGUAUCUCCGUAAACUCGCCGCUAAUCCUCUCUUCAUCUUCGCCGUCUCCAACGCCAUCAUCGCCGCUCUCUUUGCUCAAUCCGGCCGCUUCUCUGACGAAAACUCAGAAGAUCAUUCAGGUGCCGGUAAACUCUACCGUGAGUUAAUGAACUGCCGCAUCGCCGUUUCAGAUCGCGACAUCCAGCCUCCGUCCUCCACCGUAGAUCCUCCCUCCGCUACCGUUGAUCUUCCACCAGUUACCGCGGAGGUGACGUGUCAAGACAAAGAAGUUAUCUCUGAAACAGUUCCGGCUCCGGUGAUUCCAGAUCGUGAAAUCGGAGUAUAUUCCGAUUUUGUAAACUACCGCCGGACUCAGUCGGAGAAAUGGAAGGGAGAAGCUGGGAAGAUGAAGCAAAGGAAACAGCUCCGGCGAUCGGAAACAGCGAAGCUUCUAGAAACUUCGAAAGAAAAUCUGUAUCCACAAGAUAAGCUUAGCAAUGAGGAGUUUCAACGCACCAUUGACGCUUUCAUUGCGAAGCAAAUGAAGUUUCUGAGAGAAGAAUCUUCCGCCAUUGUUGUCCACAAUAGUAGUACUGUGUAGCUUUUAGAUUUUGAAAUCGCAAUAAAAAAAAAGCGCUCAAAAAUCAAAAUCCAUUUGAAAAAAAAAAAAAAAUUAAUCUAGAAGAGUUAUGGUAUGGUACUAUCUGAUUUUCUUCUGAUUCAUCUGCAGUGUACACUGUACAGUGUUAAUAUUUUCUCCAAAUCAUAUCAUAUCAUAUCAUAUUAUAUUAAAUUUAAAUUCCCCA